AAGGUGAUCAGAAACUCCUUCUUACAACACUCACCAGGAAGAGACUGACUUGUUAUUUCUCCUUUCGGUCACACUGACUUUGUCUCAACAAAAGCAAUAAAGAAAAAGCAAUCAAUGAAGAACAAAGAGAAAAACUUUACAGAAGGAUUUUUGUGAUGUUCAUUUCUGAACAAACAGCAGAUCUUUGAUUCUCAUUGUGAUUCAUUUUUGAAAACCGUCGUUCAGAAAGUGAAAGUAAAGUUUAGUUUGCGAGACUCAAACGGUGAAAAUGGCUUCAGCAGCUGAAGAUGAUUAUAUUUGUCCUGUUUGCUAUGAAAUCUUCAAGGUUCCUGUUUUUCUGUCAUGUAGUCACAGUAUUUGUAAAGAGUGUCUUCAACAGUUCUGGAGAACUAAGGAAACUCAGGAGUGUCCUGUCUGCAGGAGAAGAUCCUCAAAAGAUGAACCUCCAGUUAAUCUCACAUUAAAAAACUUGUGUGAGUCGUUCCUGAAGGAGAGAAAUGAGAAACGUUCAUCAGGAUCUGAGGAGAUCUGCAGUUUACACAGUGAGAAACUCAAACUCUUCUGUCUGGAGGACAAACAGCCUGUGUGUAUAGUGUGUAUUAAUUCACAAAAACAUGACAAUCAUAAAUUCAGACCCAUCAGUGAAGUGGUUUCAUCAUAUAAGGAGGAGCUCAAUACAGCACUGAAGUCCUUACAACAGAAACUUCAACACAAUGAAGAAAAGAAAGGAGAGUUUGAGAAAACAGCAAAACACAUCAAUUCUCAAGCUGAGCACACAGAGCGUCAGAUUAAAGAAGAGUUUGAGAAGCUUCAUCAGUUUCUCAGAGACGAAGAAGAAGCUACAAUCACUGCACUGAGGGAGGAAGAGGAGCAGAAGAAGCAGAGGAUGAAGGAGAAGCUGGAGGAGAUGAACACACACAUCUCAGCUCUUUCACACACACUCAGAGACAUGGAGGAGAUGAUGAAAGACAAUGACGUCUCGUUUCUAAAGAAGUAUAAAGUCUGGAUGGAAAGAGUCCAGAUCUCACAGCCGGAUCCACGGAUGAGUUCUGGAGCUUUGAUUCAUGUGUCGCGUUAUCUGGGUAACCUGCCGUUCAGAGUCGGGAAGAAGAUGCUGGAAACUGUCCAACACACUCCGUUGACUCUGGAUCCAAACACAGCAGAUCCUCGUCUCACACUCUCUGCUGAUCUGACCAGUGUGUCGGUCAGUGAUGAAGAUAAAACAUUUCCUGAUAAUCCAGAGAGGUUUGACUGGUGUCCAUGUGUCCUGGGAUCUGAGGGCUUUAACUCAGGAACACACCGCUGGGAUGUGGAGGUUGGAGACAAUACAUACUGGGCUCUUGGAAUAACCACAGCAUCAAACCAAAGGAAAGGAAAGGAUUGCUUUAACUCUAAUGUCUGGUGUGUGUGGUACAAGAACAGCAAAUACGGCUCACUAUCCCCAGAGAAACGCGGCACUGUCUUCACUGUUGAACAGAAGCUCCAGCGUGUGAGAGUUCAGCUGGACUAUGACAGAGAAACAGUGUCAUUCUCUGAUCCUGUAACUAACACACAUUUACGCACAUUCAGGACAUCCUUCACAGAAACUGUCUUUCCAUUAUUAUGUAAUGGCCGCACAACUCCUCUGAGGAUCUUACCAGUUAAACUGUUUAUUACAGCAGAAAAUCACAGUUAAAUCUACUUCUAGAUUAAUACAGUUUCGCAAAUUAUGCUUUAAUAAUAACACUGUAAUCAAAGGGUCUCAUUGAUCAAUUACUUGAUCUGGAACAACUGGGCAUCAUUAGAAAGACUGAAGACUCCAGCUUCGAUAUUCGACCACUGUUUAUAAUAAAACCGGCUUGCAGUGACAUUAAUUUCUUAAUUUAUGUGCACAAUAAUUAAUCUGUAACAUUCAUUAUUUUGAAUAGAAAUCAUCAUUUCAUUCACAUCUUCUCCGGUUUAUUUACUGUGGUCAAGUGGGCCGCACGUUGAAAAUACACGGUCAAGCCAGCCGCACAUAUUUUAAGAAUGCGCGUCUAAUAUGGUAUGGGUGCUGAAAGAGGCCAAAAUAUAUUUUAAUACUCGAUUUUCUGAUUUUUUAUUAUUUUAAUAUGUGUAGGCCUAUGGAUUACAUGAAUUAUUACAUAAUGACUUAAAAAUAAAUACAGUAAUAGUCAGUUUCACUCUUCUGAGUGUUUUAAAAUGGGACUGUCUGAUGUAAGUGUGGGAGGAGACUGGCUAGCAAUCAGUUUCAGGUGUAAGU